UUCAUUGGAAAGAUCCGACUCGUUCAGAAUUUUUAGCUAUCAUUUAUAUUAGCGUCAAAAUAGACGCAAAUAUUUAUGUCAUCUUGAUAUUAGAAUUUAAAAAUCCACAUGUAUUUUAAUAGCUAAAAUAUGUAAAAGGCACAAAUUGAAUCCGUCCUGUCUUCGCGCCACCCCCGGCUCGUCCCAGUUGGUCCAGACUGGAUUAGAGCGCUGCAGCAUCAGCGGACGAUAAGGAGUGAAGGCCGGGCCGCUGCGCCCCUCCACCAGCCGCAUGUUUCCGCACACCGGUAUCAGUCAGCCCGUGAGAAAUGCGCCGGUGAAUGUAGGAGAUUUUAACCUUUUUUUGGCAUAGCCGAAUAUCAGAAACGGAGCUCCUCACCAAAGCGCUCGUUUAAAACUCUGCUGGCUGAAAUCACUGCAAGCUAGCAGCAACAUCACUUGGCAACACAAGGGAGACGUGUUCCUGUGAGCUGACCACCGCGUACAUUCCUCCGAUCGCGGGAUGACAAACGCCAAGCCUACGGAUAGAGAUAUUGUAGUCGGAGUCGGGGGAGAUCGCGGGAAUGCGUGUGCGGCUGUUUGGGAAAACCGGCUGUGAUGUUUAACCGCUGCUAAAACAUUGACUGUGAAGCUCGUGGGUUUUUGCAGUCAGCACAAUCAAGGUGACGGCAGCUAGCCCGUUAGCUCUCAAGCUAUCCGGGUAGUGUAAGACAGGGAACAGAAAACGCACGGAGUGCGUUUGAUAUCAAAAUAUCGUUAUUGUUAAAACUAAACAGGAAAGCACACGAUAAGCGUGUGCGCUUGUUCUUUGCAAGGUGCACUUCCUUGUUGGAUAUAACAGUGCUCGUCGCUGAUAAGGAGCAGAUGCCAGAAGAUGCUCUGAUGGAAAAGCUUGACACAUCUAUGAGAAUUUGAGAAUGUUACAUAUCAAACUAGCGUGCUUUUUUUUUUACAUCAGCUGAAUAUUUUAACCCCCUAAACCCCGAUUCUGGCACUGUACUCUAUGUAAGUGAGUACUUAAGGUCGGUGCCAAGCAAUAUUGUCGUAUCGUCACUAUAUUAAAAGCAUACUGGUAUACUCCUGUUGUUUACCGACAAAAAUACACCUGCUUAGUUCAGGACAUGUAAAUGAGUCUUUUGUAUCAGUUUCCUGCAAGUACACGGGUCUCAGAGAGCGCUGGUAGCUUAAAUCAGAGUGGAUGCCAAAGCUCCGGACGGAAAGAUGAUGUUGGUGAUGAUUCACUCGACGGGAAUAUGAGGAAGUUGCCCUGAACCUUCGCGUUCACGAAAGCCCUGCUGUUCCCGAUGGUGAAAUUAGCCAGCGGCUGUUUGAUGAGCAGCAAACGAAAGCCACCUCUCCUCGGGUCGCCUCUGAAGUCGAGCUGACAGAAGCUGGUGGGGUUUGUUUGAAAGGCUUGAGCAGGGUGUGACCGCACUUCGUUUAAAUGUUACAUGCAGCACUGUAUACAUCGGCGAAGCUCACUAUGAACGCAGCCUGGAAUUUCUACGUCAACCCGUGUGGAUGACGCCGCCGCCGCCGCCGACAACGUUCGAAAACAAAGUGUCGCUGAGGCGAAAGUUGUUUUUAAAAUUCUUUCGGCUAAAGAGCUGGUCUGUUAGCCAUGUAGCUGGCUGCACAUGAGCGGACUGGACUUCUCCGACUGAUGUCUAGGGUGUCCAAUCUUUUUUUAGUCUGUGUUGUACGUGUAAGUGUAGAUGUAUAGCGUAGUUAUUUUAGCGUCGUCGUCGUGACUGUUUCUGGUUGCUAUGGCAUUUUUAAACGGCCCCAGACUGCUGGACUGGGCAAACUCUCCUCCACAUUUACAGUUCAACAAAUAUGUCCUGACUGGCUAUAGACCCAUCUCCUCCGUCCAGGAGUGUAUCAAGAGUCUCUUCUAUCUGCACAAUGAGCUGGGGAACAUCUACACACAUGGAAUCCCUUUGCUCUGUUUCCUGGUGCUGCUCCCGCUCAACAUCCCCUGGUCGCAGAUCAGCGUGACGUGGCUCGGCGUGGUGCACUUCCUGGCCUGCCUGUCGCCGCAGCUGGGAUCGGUGGUCUACCACCUCUUCAUGAACCAUGAGGGCGGCGAGCCCGUCUACAAAACCCUGCUCACGCUAGAUAUGUGCGGAAUCUGCAUGAUCAACACGCUAGGAGCUCUGCCCAUCGUGUACAGCACUCUUCUCUGCUACCCCUUCACCCGCACGGUGGCUCUGCUGAUGUACAUCCUGCUAUCCAGUUACGCCAUCUACUGUGCCAUCACGGCGCGCAGCAGAGUGCGGCGUCUGCGUUCCUUCGCCUGGCAGGCGCUUUUCCGCUUCUCGUUUUUCCUUCUGCGCUGGGUAGGUGUGGGCGGAGGGAGUCCCACCUCACUGCGUCACUUUCUCACCAUGGAUGCACUAGCGGUGCUGGGCGGUGUCAUCAAUAUCACACGAAUCCCCGAGCGCUUCCGCCCGGGCCUCUUUGACUACUGGUGCAACAGCCAUCAGAUCAUGCAUGUGCUGGUGGUGGUCUCCAUACUGUACCUACACUGGGGGGUGCUGGACGACUUACUGUGGAUCAACACCUAUCACUGUCCUUUAGACUGACAGUGGCCCCUGCUAAUCUGGAAUCAUGGGUAAUAGGGCGCGAGGACCUCUUUUAGUAAUGAGAUGUUCGGGAAUGCGAAAGAAUUGGGCAAAGAAUGGUUCGGGGUGGGGGGAGGCUGUUGUGCUUUGUAUAUACAUGUGUGCACGAACGUCCAUAAGAAGUGUUUUACAUGUUUUUUAGAAGACACCAGUGCCAGCUUCGACACACAUGCUUGUUUGUGCCGUCAGUAGCCAGAAUGUACAUAUCUGUGUUUGCAUAAACAUCGUCUGUGCAUGGCACUGUUUAGACCUACUAGCUCAAACAAAGGCAGUUUUUUUGUUUGUUUUAUUUUUUUUUUUGGUUUGAGACCACAUUCUAUAGGCGCGCACACACACAUGCACAUAUGGGGGCUGACAUAGUUUGAUGUCAUAUUCACCAGCGUUUAAAGCAUUUAAUAAAUAACCCCGAAGUUUAGUUGUAGCUGAACAGUGAAAGAUAUGAUAGAGCCCUCAAAUGAUUGGCUCUAAUCUAAACAAACUAAAAUUCAUUGCUCAAAAUAGCAUGGCUUUUAUGAAAACUAAUUACAGUUUGUCUCUAUUCUCAAUUUUGCUGGUGAAACAAAGAUCACCGGUGCAGAAAUGUUGUAUGCACCUCCAACUUUCAACUUAUUACUCUAUUGCAGACUAUGCAGCAUAUCAAACGUUACAUCAGUGCUAACACCACACACACACACACACACACACACACACACACAAUGUACUGUAUGCCCGGUCUCACAGCAACAUUUACUGGAAAUACUUGAGUUGAUUUUCCUUGUUUUUUGUGUCAUAUUCCUGUUCAGGUCCACAUUUUUCACAUUCUCAACCCCAAUACCUGUAAGUGAAGGGUGACAGGGUCAUUCCUUAGUUUGUAGGCUUGCCAUUUAUGCGUUUACUGGGUGGUUAAAGUUGCUGAGUGCCCAUUUUAUUCUUUACUGCCCUAUUUGACUUUGAUCAUGUUUGUUAGCAUCUAAGGGGCAUUUAUUAAAUGCAGUUUUUGCAGCAGCACGACUUUAAUAUUACCCUGGGAAACAUUUCACGUUACCUGCAGAAGAUGCUUUCUUUGCUAUGCUGCUGAACGGUCGAUCCAGCCUUGUACACUUAUGGUUUUAAUAUCCUAAUCUGUAGUUUGAAAGAUUGGAUUUAGUACCGCUCUAAAUUAGAUUUCAUUUCUUUCUGACCUUUAACCUCAAUUAUCUAUGUAACCUUGGAUUCAAGACAAGGCAAAUUAUUUUCUUAAUGGCGUGCUGUUUGCACAAAGGCUUUAAUUCUCUGCUGGCCAUCUUCGUCCACUGUGCACCUGAUGUUCCCGCUCAUCAGAUGUGGCAGAUGAAUAUUAGACUCCAGAAUGGAGGAAUAUUACACGUCAAUACACUAUGAAUUCCCCAAUGAAGAGUAGGGGAAUAUUGGUUCCUGUGCCAAAUUAAAGCUCUCUAUAUGCAUUUCAAGUCAAAUGUUUACAUACACCUUGCAGAAUCUGCAAGAUGUUAAUUAUUUUACCAAAAUAAGAGGGAUCAUAUAAAAUGCAUGUUAUUUUUUAUUUAGUACUGACCUGAAUAAGAUACUUCACAUAAAAGGUGUUUACAUAUAGUAGAGAAAAUAAUCAUUGAAUUUAUAAAAAUGACCCCGUUCAAAAGUUUACAUACACUUGAUUCUUAAUACUGUGUUGUUACCUGAAUGAUCCACAGCUGUGUUUUUUUGUUUAAUGAUAGUUCUUCAGAAAAAUCCAUCAGGUCCCACAAAUUCUUUGUUUUUUCAGCAUUUUUGUGUAUUUGAACCCUUUCCAACAAUGACUGUAUGAUUUUGAGAUCCAUCUUUUCACACUGAGGACAACUGAGGGACUCAUAUGUGACUAUUACAGGAGGUUCAAACACUCACUGAUGCUCCACAAGGAAAAACUUUGCAUUAGGAGCUUGGGGCCUAAACUUUUGGUAACAACACAGUAUUAAGAAUCAAGUGUAUGUAAACUUUUGAACAGGAUCAUUUUUAUAAAUGUAACUAUUAUUUUCUCUUUUGGACUAUAUGUAAACAUCUUUCAUGUUCUUUCAUCUUUCAUUAUUCAGGUCAGUACUAAAUAAAAACUAACAUGCAUUUUGUAUGAUCCCUCUUAUAUUGUGCAGAUUCUGCAAGGUGUAUGUAAACUUUUGACUUCAACUGUAAUUCAUGGCCCCUCUGAUUUAAGAAAAGUUGACUUCAGGUUUAACAGAGCUGUUUACAGUUACUAAAGCUGAACAAUCAGUCAUAUCUUCAUAUCUACUUCAGAAUGUGAUUCAUGUAAACUAAAGCAGUUUUUAUUACGGAUUGCACUAUGGAGAUGUUCACAUUGUUCCACUGCAGUUUUUGCACAUUUGGAUUUGUUACCUUAGCACGCUUAUGCACUACUGAGCCGGAACAAACCAAGGAUGACUCGUCAAACCCUUCCAACCUCACUAGUUUUAAAGAACUGACACACGACACGACGUGAUAGAUUCACUGACACUAUCACAAUGUAGCUUUUUUCAAUUACCUUCACUAUCCGUAUCAUCGGCAUUAUAUUUAUUAUAUUUAAGAUGUUGUUUUGACAUUUGACAAUGUUUGUUUUAUUUGAAUGCUACUACUGUACUUUUUUUUGUUUUUAAUAUAUAUGUUAUUUAACUUCACCCGUUGGGAAUCACAUAUCUUUACACAACCACAGUACUCUGAUAGUCUAGUUAGUGUAGAAUCAGUGCAUGUUAGGUAGAAUGUCGCUCAGAUGUAUCUGACAAACACCUACACAUACUCUAUGCCAAAUUAGAUGUUUUAGGGCCUCAGGUGUUGGUCCUGAUCUUAGCAGACCAGGGUGUUAAACAAACCACGAGUCCCUCAGAACAGGGAAGGUUUACCCCAACCCCUUUAAAUGACAAACAUUAGACUCUGAAAUCAAGUGGUGCAUGUAAAUACUAGUAAACCAAUCAAUCCCCAACAUGCGAUUUCUAAUGCUUGUGCAAUGCAACCACUGACAUACGUGCUUAAUGUGCAGUAACAGAGCCUAAUGUAUCAAAUAUAUCUGCGUAUAGAAAGGGAAUGAAAUUGAGAGAGCAGCCCAGAGGCAAUACAACCAUAUCAAGUAAUUAACUGCACUGUUUAUUUUUUUACCAAAAGGGCUUUGGAUCAAAGUGAAAACCAAUUAAGAACUUAAAAAAAAAAAUAAAGUCCAUAUGGGUAACGUAAAUACCUGUAUGUAGACUGUAUAUGCAUAAAAUGCAAGCGGCAUACAUACUGACAUUUUUAUAUGUUCAUAUUAAUAUAUAAAGCAACAAUGUUAUGAGAAAAUAUAUUGAAUGUUAUUUCAUCUCAGAGAGCGACGCUCAAUACAGAUUGUCCGAUUUCAUUUCAAAGGCAGCAGUGAUUUGAUCAUUCUGUAACUGUAAAAAGCAAAAAUUGUGACAUCACAAUGACAGGCCUGGCGGAGAGUUAACAACACUGUUAGAUUAUUUAGUAGGGUUAUCGUCAUAAUAAUAUGUCUGUACUACUAUGAUGUCAUAAUGUCAUUAACACGGACGUUGGUUUUUAAACCGUUCAGAAGGGUGUGUAAUAUAGUUCGCGAUAGUUGGCGAAAUCUCUUUUUUACUUCGUGAAAAGUACAGAGAGGCAUACAGUUUGGAAAACGGGGGUCCUGAUAUGUUAUUACCUCUGAAACCCACUGGAUAUCUAUGCAUAAUCGAAAUAUGUACAUAUAUAUACACACACACACACAAACAUGUUUGUACAUGUGAAUUCCAAAAACGACGUUUUACCAGUCCUGAAAAGAACCAGAUCUGUGUGUUCACACCGACGUGUUUUGCUCAGACCAUGCCAUCCUGGGGUUUCCUCUUCUCAGGGUGCCCUGUCAGUGCUCACUUCUACCGAGUGACCUCAACAACUGAUUUCGGGCCAGUUUUCUUUUCAUCCUGUCAUGUCUUCUUUGCUUGUUCUGGUUGAAAUCGAAAGACUGAAGAAAAAAAAAAAAAAUGAUGACAGCUGUAUGUUUUUUAAGGGCAAAGGUCACGAUGGCUUGUCAGUCAUCAGGCAUUAAGACCGUGUGCAUCAGUCUUGAUGCAUAUUGCCUUCGUGGGGCCGAAUGUGUCCAUAAAUGCUGAUCAAGAAUGUGUUUAUUCACGUAGUUAGUUAGGUGAUGUGAGAAUGUGCAGAGCAUGUUACAUUGAGCCCUAAAGGAAAUAGAUUGCAUCAUAACCCAUGUUUUAGAGGAGGAGGAAAGAGGGUGAUAUUCUCAUGGAUGAUGUUCUCCUGUCUGUAUAUUCUAAUGUCCUGUGGUAAAAAAAAAAAAAAAAAAAAAAAAAAUGACAUGAUGUAUGAAACUAUAAUAAUGUUUUUUUUUUCUUAGUAUGCAGGUGCUGGAUAGCCUGUUAAUGAUAAUUUAAAAACUACUCAUCAUUAGUUACAUUUCGCAUUAUUAUGAUAAUGGAUAUAUUGUUAUUAUUACUAUUAUUCUGAGAUGGGUUACCACUAUCAAUGAUAAUCUUAAUUUAAGUACAAAGGCUGAGAAUACUAAUGCACAUAGGAUGACAGGAGGUCUCUGAAAGAUCUGUCGUUUUUUCCCUGUUUCCACUCUUGCUUGUGUGCUUUUUGUUAAAUUUGGUUGUUGUUUGGCACCAUCUGGUGGCAACAGUGCUGUAUUGACUAGGUAACAGCAUAAAUGAUGUUCAGUUGAACCGUGUCGACCUUCUAGAUGAAGUCAGUCACAGGUCACUUGCUGAGCACCGUUGCCCAUUUAUCUCUUUCUUGUUUUAUUAGGUCUCCUAAACUUAUUUAUUUCAAAAUUGACUAUAACUUUGGUUUUACAUAAACAUUUCUUCUUGUAACAGGUUUUAUCUACAAGCGUGUGUCUCUGUUGGUUUGUUUUAUGGGCCUGUAUUUCUCUCUCAGUCUAUUUGUGUGUCCACGGCUACAUUUGUUCAUACAAGACAGAUCUUCCAAACCCCACGGUCUCCUGCAGCGAUUGUGCAAUAAAUUGAGGUUUAUAUUUUUAAA